AUGCCUAAUGAUCAGUACUUUGAGGAGUUCACGGCUAAGAUGCUAUUCUGGGCAGUACUAUUGGGUGAGGGUGAAGAAGAGGAGGAAGAAGAGGAGGAGGGGAGUAAAUACGGCAAGUUAGCAUCAACUUUGGAUAUAAUGCACACCGAAACUAGCCAGCGAGAGAGGGCUUUCAGGACAAACUGGACUGCUGCUGCUGCUACUACCGAGGAGUAUUACGCCACCUGUAGAGCAAGGCAUGCCAUCAUCAUCAUCAUCGAGUCGUGGACUUCCCUUUGA